AUUUUCCGACGAGCCGAUAAGAACGAUGAUGGGAAGCUGUCAUUUGAGGAGUUCAAGAACUAUUUUGCUGAUGGGAUCCUGAGCUCAGAGGAGCUGUGGGAGUUGUUCAGUGGCAUUGACAGGCGUCAUUCAGACAACGUGGACACAGAGAAGUUGUGUGAUUAUUUCUCAGCAUAUCUCGGAGAGUACAGGAAUGUGCUUUCUGCUCUGGAAGCCCUCAACUCUGCGGUCCUGGUGGCCAUGGACAAAACCAAGCUGAGCUACGAGACCUCCUCGAAGAUGGAGCAGUUCCUGACCCGCUUCCUGCUGCGGGAAACCAUGCACCAGCUGCAGUCCCUGCAGGCCUCGCUCGAGUGUGCCGUGGACACCGUGGAGGAGCAGGCGGGACGGGAGAGAAAGGACAUAAAGAAAUCUGAGACCUCGGUUGGCUUGAGGUCGGGGAGACGAUGUGGGCGCAGAGGACAGAAGAAUGUCUGUCUGUCUCCAACGGACCCCUAUUCCGGGAUGCUGACAACAGGCAUUUGUGUUGAAGAGAACAGCCAGUGGAUGGCACAGAUCAACAGGCUCCAGCAGCUCAUCGAGAAGCUGGAGUGCAAGAGCCCACGCCUGGAGCCGCUGAAGGAGGAGGUGAUGUGCAAAGGAAGAGAUGCACACAUCCUGGUGGCCAAGAGGCAGAUCUCGGUGGCGACAAGCAGCAUUGAGGAGUUUCGCCAGGCGUUCAGGUCCUACACGGAGGUCACCGCCGGGCAGAGCAGCUGCCUGCACGUGUCCGCCUGCAAGCUGACGGACGAGGACUGCUUCAUCCUGUACGAGUUCUGGCAGGAUGUGACUUCGUGGAGAAGCCGCUUCCAGGACGCCAUCAGCAUGCGGAAGGACACGGAGCUCUCACCUUCCCUCGUGUUUGUCACCUGCCUGUCCCUCGUCCCCUCCUGGGGUUCG